AUGGCAUCAUCAUCUCAACAAGAAGAAGACGGAGCGGUGACGACAGACUUUUCUGCGUUACUUCCGCAGGGUCAAAUCCGCAAGGUAGUGCAACAAUGGCUGGACGAUGACAUGCCGAGUAUGAUGGAUGUGGGAGGCUUGGUGGUUGGAACGGCGGAACGAGAGGCGAAACUUUGGAUGAAGAGUCCCGGUGUCGUGGCCGGCAAGGUCUUCUUCGACACGACAUUUGAUUUGUUGGGAUGCAAGGUGACUUGGCAGAAGGACCACCAAGAAGGAGUCUUGUUGGAUACUGCGAGUGGUAGUCAAAAAGUCCAUCUAGCGACCGUGGUGGGACCCGUCAAUCGGAUUCUACAAGGAGAACGCACGGCCCUCAAUGCCAUGAGUCGAUGUUCCGGCGUCGCCACUCUCUCACGACAAGCGGUACAACGAGCACGCGAGUUAAACUGGAAGGGCUACGUGGCAGGCACUCGCAAGACAACACCCGGAUUUCGUAUUGUGGAAAAAUACGGGCUUCUCGUGGGAGGAGCUGCUACCCAUCGACUGGAUUUGUCACAAAUGGUCAUGCUCAAGGAUAAUCAUAUUUGGAGUGCCGGAUCUAUUACCAAGGCUGUCACUUUGGCCCGCAAGGCGGCUGGAUUUUCACAGAAAAUUGAAGUCGAAUGUCAGUCCUUGGACGAAGCCCUAGAAGCAGCCAAGGCAGGAGCUGACAUUGUCAUGCUAGACAAUUUCCAACCAGAACAACUCAAAAAGGAUGCUGCCACCAUUAAACAACAAUUCCCACAUCUCAUUAUUGAAGCGUCAGGUGGUAUUACCACAGACACCAUGCCGGAUUAUCUCUGUGAUUCAGUUGACGUUGUGUCCCAAGGGAAAUUGACACAGGGAUACUCUUGUGUCGAUUACAGUCUCAAAAUUGUGCCUCCAUCAUAG